CGUCCCGCUCCCCUGAUGCCUUCGGCGGGCGGCUGCGAGGCGGGGCCGGGCGAGGGGCCGGGGCGGCUGUGCGGCUACCUGCAGCGGCUGUCGGGCAAGGGGCCCCUGCGGGGCUUCCGCAGCCGCUGGUUCGUCUUCGAGGCGGGCGGCUGCGGGCUCUACUACUUCAAGGGCCCGCAGGAGGCGCUGCCCCUCGGCCGCCUCGACAUCGCCCGCGCCGCCUUCCGCCUCCACGCGCCCGACGGCCGAACCGCCGAGCCCGGCGCCCGCCCCGCCGAGCCCGGCCCGGCCACCGCCUUCGAGAUCCACAGCCCCGGCGGCGCCGUCACCGUCCUCAAGGCGGCGACACACCAGGACAUGACUUACUGGCUUCAGGAGCUCCAGCAGAAGAGAUGGGAAUACUGUAACAGCCUGGAUGCUGCACAAAGGGACAGCCAGGCACCACCCACACCAAGGGACUUCUCCAAGGGGCUUGUUGCCAGAGACAAUGCAGAUCUGAAUAUCGUGCCUCUGAAUGCCUCGGCGGAGAGGGCCAGAAAUGUCCUAGCAGUGGAGACGGCUCCCACGGAACUGGUGGGGGAGCAAGCGGCGUGCCAACCAGUCCCAGGCCAGCCAAAUGCCAUUAACUUUGCCUUGAAGCAGUGGGGGAACGAGAUCAAGAAUUCGAUGUCUUCGUUAAGAACUGGGAAAGGAAACAGCGAAAACCGGAAGAGUGUCUUUUACACGGAGGAGUGGGAAAUGCUGGACCCAACCCCCAAGGAUUUGGAGGAGUCGAUGGUUCAAGAGGAGAAGAAGAGACCCUCGUCGGAACCCAGCAAAGGCGUGUCUUCCCCGGCCUUUCCGUUUGAUUUUGGCCGCAUUCCCUACAAAACGAGACGCCCUUUAAAGGAAAUAAUCGCCACCAGCAGAAGCCGGAACAGCAUCGAAGCUUCUCCUGUGGAGUGCAACGGCAACAAGCUGGCUUCUGAGAUGCAGGUCAAGUUCCAGAGGCAGCAGGAGGAGCUGGAGAGACUCAAGAAGGAAGUGUCCAGCCAAAAGGAACUGGUACGUCUUCUGCAGCAGACCGUCCGAUCGUCUCAAUACGACAAGUAUUUUGCAGGCCCCCUCUGUGACGUGGGCCCGAAGGACAACCUGGAGCUGCUGCACCAGAAGGACCGACAGAUUCUGGGUCUCAGCAACCAGCUGGAGAAGCUGAACCUGGAGAAGGACAGCCUGCAGCAGGAGAUGUGCGGCCUGAGCGAGCAGCUGGCUAUGCUGAUGGAGACCAUCCAAGCGAAAGACGAAGUCAUUGUGAAGCUGUCCCGGGAGCUGACAGAGUGCCAGGACCAGAGCGGGCCCAGCCUGUCACCUACGGCUUCCCCAGCGGACAAGGAGCUGCAGGAACUCGACAGGCUGAACGACAGUCUUCAGGGUUACAAAACCCAGAAUAAAUUCUUGAAUAAGGAGAUCCUGGAGCUUUCAGCAUUGCGAAGAAACGCUGAAAACCGUGAGCGAGAUUUGGUGGCAAAGUGCACCAGCCUGGAAGCCAAACUCUGUCAAGUGGAAAGCAAGUACCUAAUUUUGCUUCAGGAAAUGAAGACGCCGGUUUGCUCUGAGGAGCACAGCCCCUGCCACGACGUGGUUGCCCAGCUCCUGGAAGAUGCCUUGCAAGUGGAGACGAGUGACCAGCCGGAACAGACUGUCUUUAAGCCUCACCUGGUCAGCGAAUAUGAUAUUUAUGGGUUUCAGACAGUCCCAGAAGAUGAUGAGGAAGAGAAGCUGGUCGCCAAGGUCCGGGCCUUGGAUCUGAAGUCCCUCUCUCUGACUGAGAACCAGGAGAUGUCCACAGGGGUGAAAUGGGAAAACUACCUGGCCGGCACCGUGAACAGAGAGAUGGUGCGCUGCGUGGAGCUGAAGAACCUCAUUCGGGCUGGCAUUCCGCAUGCCCAUCGCUCCAGGAUGUGGAAGUGGUGCAUCAGCCAGCAUGUGAAGAAGUUCAAGGAGAGGGACGAGCCAGGUUACUUUCAAGCCCUGCUUCAGAAUGCCCUGAAGAAGAAGCAGAACCCGGCAUCCAAGCAAAUUGAGCUGGACCUUCUGCGGACGUUGCCUAACAACAAGCAUUACUCUUCCCCCACAUCUGAAGGGAUCCAGAAGCUGCGGAAUGUUUUGCUUGCGUAUUCCUGGCGGAAUCCAGACAUAGGAUAUUGCCAAGGUCUCAACAGACUGGUGGCAAUUGCACUUCUCUACCUGGAGCAGGAAGAUGCAUUUUGGUGCCUUGUUACAAUUGUGGAAGUCUUCAUGGCUCAGGAUUAUUAUACGAAAACUCUUCUAGGAUCUCAGGUUGACCAGCGAGUCUUCAAGGACCUGAUGAGUGAGAAGCUGCCGCGGCUGCAGGCUCACCUGGAGCACCACCGAGUGGAUUACUCGCUCAUCACCUUCAACUGGUUCCUGGUCGUGUUUGUAGACAGCGUGGUCAGCGACGUCCUCUUCAAGAUCUGGGACUCCUUUCUGUACGAGGGACCCAAGGUAAUUUUCCGCUUUGCCUUGGCCCUCUUCAAGUUCAAAGAGGAGGAGAUCUUAAAACUGCAAGACUCAAUGUCCAUUUUCAAGUACCUCAGAUACUUCACACGCACGAUCCUCAAUGCUAGGAAACUCAUCAGUAUUGCUUUUGGGGAUCUGAAUCCCUUCCCCCUGCGCCAGAUCCGGAACCGGAGGGCCUUCCACCUGGAGAAAGUCCGCCUGGAGCUGAUGGAACUGGAAACCAUUCGGGAGGACUUCUUGCGCGGACGGGAAACCGACCCCGAUAAAAGGGACCUCAUAAGUGACGACGAAGAAGAUGGCUGAGGCUGUCCACCCUCCCCAGCUGAGACUCUUCUUGGAAUCGUGGCCAAAGUUUCGGGAGUGUUGCAACUCCCCGUCUGUGUCUCUCUCUGUCUGUCUUAAACAUGAUAAGCAUUGGCAACUGGAAAUGUGCAGGACAGAUUUCCAAAGCUCAGCGCUUGAGGGCCUGUUUGCUCCUUGCCCACCCCACUCAGAGGCCCAGCAGUCCUGACUGAAUGCAAGAGCCUUAGAGGAGCUUCUCUUCUGAGCGGCCGGUGCCAGUUUUCUGCCUUUGAAGCACCUCUUCUUGAAGCCCCCGUGGAAGAAGCAAUAAUGAAAAGACUGGGUGUGGUUGGAGGUGCGCCUCUUCUCGUGUCUUUGCAAUCCCCCCCUCCCCAAAAAUCCAUGUUCUGGCUGCUUCCUUCUUGCUUUCCUUCUUCCAUCUGCCACAGGGUGGGGAUGUGAUGGCAGUGCAAGCUACCCCUUCUGGGGGGGAGGUGCCUCGCUCGCCUCCGUCGUCACAUUAAGCAAAAAAAAGAAAAGAGCAAACCAAGCCAAACUGACUCCGUUCCCUGGCCGCUUGAAGGCUGGCCAUUCAGCCCCGUUUGUUUGAAAAGCAGCACAAACACGGGCAGCAUAUGGGGAUCAGCACAUGGACUUAAUGCUCGGGAAACGUGGUGAGGCACCUGGGGCCAGUUGGAGAGCUGCUGGGCACUUUCCAGUCAAGGGGCAAAAUGCUAUGAAAGUCUCCACUCUGUUGGUCCCGGCCGGGGUGGGGUGGCUGACAUGCCCCAGAACAGGUUACAGAUAGAAAUUCGUAACAAGAGAAGUAAGGUGGUAUUUCUGCCCUCAGAGACAGGAAAGGUGAGAGGAAGCGCUGCUCUGCUGUGGGGAUGAGGAAGACGGGGCCUCCUCCCCCUCCCCGGCAUAGCUGCUCUCUUCAGGAGGUAAUGAAGCCCGCUGGGCCCUGGCCGACGGACUCCGGCACUGCAAAGCGGGCUGGCAGCUUGUCUUGGGACAUUCCUGUUAUGGCCAGGCGAGGGCGUUCCUGUUCGCCUGUCCCUUUGGCCUCCAGGAGAUGGGUAGCUUAUGGCGCAAUGAACCUGGGACUUUUUGGUCAAAGGAACAAACAUAUUGCCCUAACGCAACCUGCAAAAGUACUAUAAAGUGGCUUAAUUUUGUGCUGUCACAAAGCACCCCAAAGAAAUCCUGCAGUUGAUGUUCUAUUGCUUGCCUGCUUUCUGUCUGAAGGAAAACGCUUUUUUAGAAAUGCAGAACUCAGAAUGUUUGUUUCUUCGGCUGGUUUAGAGUCCCAGAUUGGAUUUCUGAAAACAUUGGUGCUUUCUCCCCCUUUUGCACUUGCGAACGCAUUCCAUUGCAAGGUCUCAUUUCGAUGAAGGUGAAAAACUAGGAGUGGAUUCCUCUGUCUUAUUACUGUGACCUUUGUGGGAGUCUGUGUUGCCUUAGCUAAACCUGGAGAAAAUCCUAUCCGUUUGUUGCUUAGCGGUGGGUGUUCCACGUUUCCUGGGACGGGCUCCUUCUCCCCCUCUCUUCUGGGGGUGCAGCCUGAGACCCAGCAGUUCUGAAGAAUUCCUUUCAUGCAGCCCCCCCCCCCCCGCCCCGAGUCACCUUAAGUUGCUGAAACCUUUCGCUUGGUUUCUGAGAGGCUCACAUCUGGACAGGUGUGCAGGAGGACCAGUGCAUGCUGUCAAAGAGCCACUUCCUCCUGCAUCAGUUGUGCCUGAAGGGCAGCUUGCGGCGUGGCUGGGCAGCAGGAGAGAGCCUCACAACAUCUGUGGGUUGGGACCUUUUUGCUGAGCCCGGCCAUUCUCUUUCUCAGGCGUAUUGCCGGUUACUUGCACAGCAAUGAUAGGAAUGGCAGACAGGCUUGGCUGUGCUUCAGAGGAAUGCCCUUAAACUGGGUCUGUGUGCCCAUCAGGAUGCCAGGGUGCCACCUCUGCCUUUCCCCAACCAAAGCCGGAGUAUUGGCGGUUGCUCCAUUCUAUGCUGGCAUUGUGUGGCAUGCGCCAGCUUGGCUCCUGCGAUGGUUGAUUGCUUUGGCCCAGUGAUUGUAGCCAUCAGCAAUGCAGACGAGGCUUGCAGAGCCUGGGGCAAAGGAGACAUUGCUUGGGUUAGAGGUGCCGAUCCAGCUCCUACCCCAUUACCUUGCCCUUGAAUUCUACUGCACGGUGUUUGUGCAUGUUUGUGUCCCGCGUGUUGCUGUGCACGGUCUGUACUCCAGUCUUGUAGGAAAUAUAUGGACCUUGGAUGGGACUGCAUGGAUGGCCUCAUGGUGUCAGCUUUCAGAAUGUUGUUUUGAAGAGCUAGCCUCAAAUCCAGGUCUGUGGCUACGUUGUUUAGUUGAGUUGAGCUCUCGCUUGUUGGAGGGAGUCAGUGGGCUUUCCUUGAAACGGCUGUUCUGGAUAGUGUUCGAGCACUUCUGACUGUGUGAUUGUGAAGUUCAUUCCAGCCGGCAAACCUGAAUGAGGAGGGCUGCCUGGGGAGUUUGCAGGGCUCAUUCCUUUUCCUGCUGCCGCCAUCGGGGUUCUUCUUUGUGCCUGUCUGAAUCACAGUAGUCACGCUAUGAUCUUCUUGCUGCCAGCCAUUUGGCCAUUCCGACAGAGUGCCACUUUUUUCCUUCGUAAAAUUCCGCCUUAACUCUCUUGGGAAAGGAUCGCACACGUUCCCCACGUUGGGCCCUUGCCCGUGGCAAAUGGUAUCCCAGGCUUCGGCAGACUGACAUGAAUCACCAGUGAACUGGAAAUCUGGCUUGUGGGAUCCUUUCUCAGAGUUUGCAGUGCCAUGGGAUGUUCCUAGAGGAGGCAAGCAGUCGUUGCGAAGGCUCCUAUCCACAAAUGAACAUGUUGAGCCAUGAAGAGCGGGGAGGCUGAAGACGAGCGGUCAACACAGCCAGUGACUUACUCUGUCUUUUCCUUCCUAGAAUCUGAAAUAUUUUGUCUUCACUUUUUUCAGGUCUCAUUUACUGCAAUGAGCUAUGCUUUCUUUUUUGUAAAGAAUUUCAGAAUGUCUUACAUAUUAUAUAUGCAAAGUAUCUUAUGCAUGGUUUCUGUUUAAGAAUUGUAUAACCACGCCACUGAGGUCGCUUGUCAGAGGUUCCAAGCUGGAUGGGUCACUGUAUGAUUGUCACACUAGAGACGGAGAUUGUCUAGCACUACACACUUUGCGCUUGCUGAAAGGGGGGCGCCUAAGCGAAUGUCAGUUCCACCUUGGGUGGAGAAGUUUCUCCCGUUCCCUUCUUGGCCAGGACUCGACCUCUUCUGUCCCUGGGAAGUGCCAUUUCAGAAACAACCAGGGGUGCACAGCACAACAAAAGGGUUGCAGUUACAAACUGUAAACAAUUUCUGCUGGAAAUUUUUGUAAAACUGGGCAAAAAAUAAAUAAUUACUUUUU